AUGAAAAUCGAUGGCUUGCAUUCGGUAGCUUAUUCACAACACGAACCGGAAGUAUCCAUCGGUGAAGUGGCGCAAAAUGUUAUGUCCCGCGUGACUUGCCUAUAUUUAUUUCCUUUUUUUUUUUUUGCUUACACUUUUCUUUUAUUCUUUCUUUCUUUCUUUCUUUCUUUCUUUCUUUCUUUCUUUCUUUCUUUCUUUCUUUCCAUAUUUUAUACAAUUGCCUCUUUUUUUCUCUCUCCUUUUUUCCUUUCCUUCUUUAUAUUUUUCAAUCCUUUUCUUGCAUCCAUAUUUUAUCGAUUUUAUUUUAUUUGUUUGCAUCCUUUUUUGUACAUCUUGUUUCAUUUUUACUUUUACUCAUCUUUUGUCUCUCUUAUUUUUAUUUUUAUUUUCCGUUUUUUCUUUCUUUCUUUCUUUCUUUGUUUCCCAUCUUCCCUUUCUUUCUUUUCCGUUCUUUCUUUCUUUCUUUUCCGUCUUCGCUUUCUUUCUUUCUUUCUUUCUUUCUUUCUUUCUUUCUUUCUUUCCGUCUUCCCUUUCUUUCUUUCUUUCUUUCUUUCUUUUCCGUCUUUUCUUUCUUUCUUUCUUUCUUUCUUUCUUUCUUUCUUUCUUUCUUUCUUUCUUUUCUGUCUUUUCUUUCUUUCUUUCUUUCUUUCUUUCUUUUUCGUCUUCUCUUUCUUUCUUUCUUUUCCGUCUUUUCUUUCUUUCUUUCUUUCUUUCUUUUCCGUUUUCUCUUUCUCUCUUUCUUUCACUUUUUUAAUCGUUUAUACUGCUUUACCUUUCCUUUAUUUUUUUUACUUUGUUGAACAUUCAACAUUCCCUAUUUUUUCCCUUUUUUUUCCUUUUCUCAUGGUUCACUUUGCUUUUUCUUUCUUUCUUUCUUUCUUUCUUUCUUUUUCAGCUUUUCCCAUAAUUAACUGUUGA